ACAGUUGGGCCCGCAGAGGCGAGGAAGCUGCGGCGCCGCGCCGGCACUGCACCAUGGAGCGGUACGAGAAGCUGGGCAAGGUCGGGGAGGGCUCCUACGGCGUCGUCUUCAAAUGCCGCAACAAGGACACCGGGCAGAUCGUGGCCAUCAAGAAGUUCCUGGAGUCCGAGGAGGACCCAGUCAUCAGGAAGAUCGCCCUGCGGGAGAUCCGCAUGCUGAAGCAACUGAAACACCCCAAUCUGGUGAACCUGCUGGAAGUGUUCAGGAGGAAACGCAGGCUGCAUCUGGUCUUCGAAUACUGCGACCACACAGUUCUCCAUGAGCUGGACAAGCACCCCCAGGGGGUGCCGGAACAUCUAGUGAAGAGCAUAAUCUGGCAGACCCUCCAAGCUGUGAACUUCUGCCAUAAACACAAUUGCAUCCACCGAGAUGUAAAGCCAGAAAACAUCUUGAUAACAAAGCACUCGGUCAUCAAACUUUGUGACUUUGGAUUUGCUCGCAUACUGACUGGUCCGAGUGAUUAUUACACAGACUAUGUGGCUACCAGGUGGUACCGCUCUCCGGAGUUACUUGUGGGAGACAACCAGUACGGACCUCCUGUAGACGUGUGGGCAAUAGGUUGCGUCUUUGCAGAGUUGUUGUCUGGGGUCCCCCUGUGGCCUGGCAAGUCUGACGUUGACCAGCUGUACCUCAUCCGGAGAACCCUAGGGGAUCUUAUUCCCAGGCACCGGCAAGUGUUCAGCACCAACCAGUUCUUCAAUGGGAUAAUAAUUCCAGACCCGGAAAGCAUGGAGCCGUUAGAAAUGAAAUUCCCUCAUAUUUCAUAUUCUGCUCUAGCUCUCAUGAAGAGUUGCCUUCGUAUGGACCCUGCAGAGAGGCAGACCUGUGAGCAGCUGCUGCAGCACCCCUACUUUGACAGCAUUAGGGAAGCAGUGGAUAUGGGCAAAGAACAUGGAAAAGCAGCUCGGAAACCAACCCGGCUGACUCAAAAGCAUGUGCCAGGGUUACAGUACCUGCCUCAGUUAACCAGUAGUAACGUACUACCAGCGUUGGACACCAAGAAGUACUGCUGCAAAACGAGAAAAUCAAACUAUCAUUUCCCUAACAUCUAAUUGGAUGGCAAAUUAAAAACUAUUCACUGAUCAAAGUUCAAGUCAUUUCACAAUUUAUAAAAGGAAUAAUGGUGGAAAACAAAAUUACUGCUUGUUAGGACAUACACAAAAGUGGUCUGUGACGUACUCUGGGUCAGUAACAGAAGUGAUGCACAGAGAGAACUCCAAGCUCCUGUUAGUCAGUGCUCUGCGUACCAAGGAAAAUACAUUUAAUUUGCUUUAAUUCAUGGUUGUGUACUGGUUUGUGGUUGUGUGCCAGUUCAGGAUUACUGCAAUCCAGUGCUUGCAGUGUGAGUUUAAAAGCUUUUGCCUGUUCAUCCCCAUAUUUCAGACAUGUCAGCAGAGCUGCAGCCUUGCCAAAGCAAUCAGAGUCCAGCUGUGUCAAAGCAGUAACGCUGCUUUGGAGUCACUGAUCCCAUGAGGAACUGUGAAUGCCUUGCUGGUGGGAGUAGAGGAGGUGGGAGGCUGCCUGACCGGUCAAGUAAGUUCUAAACCUGCUGAAGUAGCAGGGGUCUAAAGAGAUGUCUGUCUUUCCUACCACAUUUAAAGAUCACGCAGUAUUAAAGGUACUGGUAAUGACUCAGACCUAGUGGAAGGCUCAGCGGGCACUGUUACCAGGAGAUCAUAGAAACAAUACAACCUGUUGUUUAUUUAGUCUUUUCAGAGCUUCUCCUGUGUGUUUCUUCCUUGCAUUAGGAGCUCAUUUUUAUUUGCUGUUUCCAUCAGCAGCAAAAUCAAUUGCCUGUAGUGUUACAGAAAUCAUUUUUGUCAAAACUAAUUCAUGAAUAUCAUUUAUAACAUUGGCCAGACGCAGGAAGGAAUUCUACCUAAGCAACAUGUAUUAGAACGAUUUGUAGGUUUUGUGUAAUCUUAGGACAUACUACUGUGGUGAUUUUGAAUAAAUGUAGUUUUGCCAAUUUACUGGAUGUGUUUUACUGCAUAAAGUUUUACUACUGGGCAAAACAUCCUCUUUUUACUUAAAACAUAGAGCAAAAAGUGUUUUCUUUCCUCAAUACUGUUCUGUGUUCAACAACUGGUAAAGCAGUUUCACUGGGACAGGUGCCAUAUCCUUACAGAGAGUGCCUGUCUGCCUUUUCUUUUGUGUUGUAAUUUAAUGUAUUUUAAUCUCGUACAUUUUGUGCCUCAGUAGUUUUGGUUACACUCAGAAAGCUGUGGCACUGCAGGAUUUUCUGCAUGGAUGUUCAGCCAUCUAAUCCUGUGUAUGUGCAAAGCACUGCAGCACCCACAGGUUGUUAUUAGCAGCUGAUAGCCUGGCAGUGGGCUCCUGGAACCAGCCCGGUGCAGCACAGGCUACAGGUACACCAUUCUUGCCUGUUCAGUGCUGGGAGGUGCCACAAAGAAUCAGCCCCACAAUGCAGGUAGUACAAAAUGUCCUUUCCGUGGCCUGGAGUCAUUUCCUUCUGCAGCCAAGCUGGCAAUGAGGGACAAGAGGUGCUCAAUUAUGCAGAGAUUGUCAUGUCUGAGGCAUUGCUGGGAAAUCUGCUUUCUUGGAGUUUCUGUUUGCUGCCCUCCUCCCUUACGAUAAAGCUAGGAACUGACUAAAACCACUUCUUCCUGAGGAUGAAUCACUGUCUUAUUUAGCAGGAGUGAGAUGGAUGCAACUAAACAGGUACACAGGGCUCAUUUAGUCCAGCUCCACAUACAGAAAAAAUGUCUGCAAGGGCAUAUGCAAGAGACCCCAUUUCUCCAUAAGUACACAUUAUCUGAGAGACCCUGCUUCUCCAUAAACACCUCAAUGUUCUGUUUGUCAGCUCAGUGCUUACAAGGAGACUACACUGCCUAUUUGUAGAUCACUUCAUUUAAACAAAGACGUGAAUCAAAGCCUGAGGAACACUUAACAAAAGGCCCUUAAGCUAUUCAAACCAGGUGAGAUUCUCAGAGUAAAGAGCUCCCGUUCCACAACACCAACACCAUGGAAUGGACGCGCCCAGCACUGCUGCUUCACUACACUGACCUUCUACCCACUGUUGUUUUGCACAAGAACUUCUGUGCAGUAAAAUACUUGAGAACUACUGAGGUAUCAACAGAUUCCUAUAAAACCAGGAAUAAAGUAACUACACACACAAGUCUGCCUGCUCUGUUGUUGAUCAGAGAAUAGUUUAAGCUUAUGUAGUUUAUAUAGCUUAAGUUUAUAUAGUUUAACCUUAAUAAAACUUAAUUGCAUAAUUUGUCAAAAGAUUGUGUACAGCUUUUGAGGCAGCAUUGGGCGAUCUGGGCUUAUUUCCAUACCUGGAAAUACAGUAGUGUCUACAACUUGGUUUAUGCAACAUACAAUAAACACUAUGAAAUCAAAUACA